UUAAAUAAGUGUUUAAGAUAAAAUGAUGGAUGUUAGAAGAAAGAAGCAAGUGUUUUGAGCAGCGCUUUCUCCUAACUCCCCUCUUCUCUCGUUCUCGUCUUGUCUAUCCCUCUUUACCUCUGACACAUUAACUGUUUCUCUCUCUUUCUUUCUUACUGUCGUUGUUCGUGACGCAUCGUAUCCCCGCAACAUCGGUUCACAGUUACUUCGUGCUGCUUCUAGGUUUAAGCGAAAGGGAAAAUAUCGACGGGGCUGGUGGGGUACAUCGUGCCAGCAGUGAUUUUUCCAACAAUAUUCCGACGUUCACCACGGAAUAAAGGAAAUUUCGUAUCCCAAACGCCUUCGUGGCACGUAGAAAUCGUCAAGACGUCACUAGAUAUCAUCAGGCGUAAGCUAAAAAGCUCUGAUCUAAGGAGCUACGAUAUUCCAACGGGAGUUUCGGAUCGAGUCAAACUGCCUGUUACUUUUCCCUUUUGCUAGGACUGUGCGCAGGGGGAACAGGAAAGCGUUGUUAAACUAAAGAAACGUAAAGAAGCCACGGGUGACAUGGCGUCGGCGGUGACGCUGGUAAUGGGGAAGAGCGAUUUUGUGGUGGCUGGCAAAUAUCGGCUCUUGAGAAAAAUCGGUUCGGGUUCUUUUGGCGAUAUUUAUCUUGGUAUCAACAUUGCUAAUGGCGAGGAAGUCGCAGUUAAAUUAGAAAACGUGCGUGCACGGCAUCCUCAAUUGCUAUACGAAUCAAAAUUAUACAAAAUAUUACAUGGUGGUAUAGGAAUACCGCAUAUACGUUGGUAUGGAACGGAACGCGAAUACAAUGUCCUCGUUAUGGAUCUCUUGGGACCAUCCUUAGAAGAUCUUUUUACUUUUUGCUCUCGAAGGUUUACAAUUAAAACGGUUUUAAUGUUGGCAGACCAGAUGAUUGGUAGAAUCGAAUUUGUUCAUUGUAAACACUUCAUUCACAGAGAUAUAAAACCGGAUAAUUUUUUAAUGGGCAUCGGCCGUCAUUGUAAUAAGCUGUUUCUCAUUGAUUUUGGACUAGCUAAGAAAUAUAGAGAUAGUCAUUCAAGAAUGCAUAUAAUGUAUCGAGAAGAUAAAAAUUUAACAGGCACGGCAAGGUAUGCAUCCAUCAAUGCUCAUUUAGGCAUUGAACAAAGUCGUCGGGACGACAUGGAAUCGCUUGGAUAUGUACUUAUGUACUUUAAUCGAGGAUCAUUGCCUUGGCAAGGUCUAAAGGCUGCAACUAAAAAACAAAAGUAUGAAAAAAUCAGUGAAAAGAAAAUGUCUACGCCCGUAGAAGUUUUAUGCAAGGGAUUUCCUGCUGAAUUUGCGAUGUAUCUAAAUUAUACACGAGGAUUACGUUUCGAAGAGAGCCCGGAUUAUAUGUAUCUACGUCAACUUUUCCGUAUACUUUUCCGUACAUUAAAUCAUCAAUACGAUUAUACAUUUGACUGGACAAUGUUAAAACAGAAAGUAACAAGCACGUGCGUGAGUCUCAAUGGUGGUACAUCUGGAAAUACACACGGUCGAGUUGGAGAAACCAUUCAAACGCAAGUGCAAGGUGGAGUUCAGCCAUCUGCUAAAACUAACGCUCCAGCAGGAGGACGUUAAAGCUGUGGCAUUUAACUAUCGUCAACCCCACUUAUGAUCAGAAGUAUCUCAAACAAGAUGAACAAGUUGAUCAAAAUUUUUGUCCGAAGAGUUAUAUCAAGAAGCGGUUCUCCAGUCCAGGAAGAGAGAAAGUUAAUGACCGCAAAGGAACUUCGGAGUUUAUAAAAGUGAAAAAAAUAAUAUAUAUAUAUAUAUAAUGCACGAUUAUGGAUGAGAAAAGAACAAAACAUUAUAGUGAUUUAACCCUUUUAGACUUGUUGGUAUUAUGCAUGUAUCAUCAAGUUGAUUUUUUAUUUAUUAUUUGUUUUCUUUCAUUUGAUUAUUGUUACGUAGAAAAUGUAUAAAAAAAAAAAAGAGAAAAAGAGAAAAAGAGAAAAAGAAACAAGUAUGCUUUGAAAGGGUUAAGUACUUAGAUUUUCGAUGAAACCAUCUCUUUCUCUUCGAAUUAAGCAUCCAUAGAAAAUUGACUAAACGUGGCUUGUCCCAUUAUUUUGAUAACUGAUUUAUUUCAUUGAUUAUCAUAACAAUAAAGAUAUUGAUUACCCGAAGAUCUUGUUAGAAAGUGCACAUAUAUAAUAUGAGAAUCCAAUGCAUUCUUUUCGAAGAAAGAAGGAGAGAACAAACAUCUUAUGAGACCACAUUUGAAUGAUCGCUCGAGAGUAAAUCGUUAUAACAAAUUUUGUAUUUACUCUAUAAAUAGAAAAGAAAUACAAAAAUGGCUGAAAAUUUAUUUUGCAAUAUCACAAAAGCAUUACUUUGUGUACUGAUAAAUAAGUACAGAAAUUGCUUCCUAUAUUUUCUUUUUUUGUUCCCAAUAUGUAAUACGAAUACAGUGUGAAUGGGCUUUUGCGAGAAAUGUUAAUAUUUUUCUUACCUCAAAUAAUAAUAUGUCAAUAAAAUUGUACUAAAAUACAUUAAUAUUAAGACAACAAUAGUUGCAUAUUUUCUUGAGAUAUGCUAUACGAUUUCAAUUAGAGGCAAAACAAAAGGAUAUUAACUCUUUGUCUAAAUAUUAUUAUAAUUAGCUCUCUUUCUUUCUGUCAUCGGCGUAUUUGAUCGAAAGCAACAGUGAUAUAUAUAUAUAAAAAUGGUAUUACUGUAAAAAGAAUGUUAUUUGUUGUGUAGAGAAGACUUGUUGCAGAUUUAAUUAUUAGUCUGCCUGGAUUAAUUUAAGAAUAUUAUGUUUAUAAUCGUAUUAUUCUUUUAAUAUUUUUUUCUAGACAACGAAAAAAAAAAAGUAAUAGAUGAUUUCUUGCAUAGUUUUACGUGGAUGAAGCUAUGCAAUUAUAUAGUUUAUGUUUAUUAUUAUAUAACAUAAGCUUUUUGCAUUGUAUAACUUUAAUUUACUAUUGAUCAAAUAAUCUAUCGACUUGAUGAAUUGAUCGUCCUUAUCGUUGGUGAGUUGGUCUUUUUUUUAGUUUUCAUUAAAUCGCCUGAUAAUUCAACAAAUUCUCCACGGCAUAGAAAAAUCAUUUCUAUGAUUAGAAUUUGGAAGGGUCAUUAUUACACGUUUCUAUUAUUAAUCCUUAUUUGAAAAAUAAGAUAAUUAAUAUUAAUAAUAAAUUCGAAAUAUUUGAUUCUUUUCUUUUCCGUUUACGUCAACUAAACAAAUCAUAUUCCAAACACUACUAUGGUUUAAUUUUUAACAUAUAUAUCCUGACGAUUGCCUUUGACAAAAUUGUAAUCAUAUAUCAUCAUUGAUACACCAGUGUUAUUGUGUCUUCGAGGUGGAAGAAACUUUUGAAAAAAUAGCUAAUAUUAUCGUGACUACUCGCGAUGCGAAAACAACGUUAGUUGCAUAUAUAGAUUAUAUUGUUCCAUUACCUGUGGGAAAUCCAAUACAAAUGGGCAAAAAAAACAUUAAUCAUCAUUAAGUGAGAAUGUGUAUAAUUAUUACUGAAAAAGAAAAAAAAAAAAAACUAAAUGUGUAUGAUUAAUCAUUAGUGGGAGGUAUAAAUGAAAUCAAUAGUGUGUAUGUGGUUAUAAAACAAGAAAACGAAUGCGCGAAUGUGUAAGUUAAUAAAUAAAUAAUGAUAUAUGCACUUAUUAUUGUCUCUCUGGUGUAUAUACAUAUUUGUGCGUGUGCGUAUGCAAUGAAAUCGUGACAGUAACAUUAAGUACGACAUACUUUAAUGCAUAACAAUGAGAAAAUACAUUAACAUUAUUGCUCCUUUUACCUCUAUAAAUAAAUACUGAAAUAUUGUAUUAUA